AUGUCUACCGGUUCUGACCCGCCUUUACCACCAGAGAACUUGAUGCUGGCGUCAAGCGCAAGUUCCAGUGGCAAUGAUUGCCAGCCAGUUGAUGACAUCAAAAGAAAUACCUCCACAAACCAGCAAACGGAAUCCCAAAGACACACCGAAGAAACCGUUCGCAAAUUGCAAUCUGUCCUUAAUGAGUUAAAGGCGCAAAAUAUCGAACUUGAGGGUGGCAACGGAUACGUUCAAUUAGGUCAUGCCAUUGUGACCGCGAUCCACGAGCACCCCACUAUCAACGCAUUCGUCUCCAAAAUUACCAAUGAAUUAUCAUCACCAACUAACUUGCCUGCUUUAACUAAUGGUCCAGUGCUGCAAUCCAUCACUAGUCUGGCUCCGGGGCCGACAUCCUUGCAGGCUGGACUGCUGAAUGUUUUCAAUCCAGCGUAUAAAGCGUUCCAUGGCAAGCCUACCCCUUCGUUCAUUGACAACGCGAGAACGGAUCCACGCCACAUGAAGAUUGAUAAUAACUAUAUCGUGUGGUAUAACCCUGAGCUCAAGCGUGAUUUGGACAUUAGACUACUUCACCAGUUUAAUCUUCUUCGAAAGGUGGAUUGCGUGGGGCUUUCAAAAGAUGGCAACGUAAUCGCCAUUGGAUGCACAAGUUCCACUUAUUUGUACGAUAUGAAUUCCUUUAGUCGUGUGGCUACAUUAACGGUUGACGAUGACUGUCACAGAACUGAAGGUUCGGGCUGUAUUAACUCGUUAUGCUUUUCACCUGAUGGCAACUAUUUGGCCAUCGCCAAACAGAUGAAUAUCUAUAUUUUCGACUUGAAUACCAGUCGUGUCCAGAAAACCUUGCGCCUCAGCACUGGAGAGGUGGUCUCGCUUGAUUACUUUCCUGAUGGCUGUAAGUUGUUGUCUGGUCUGAAGGACGGCUUUGUUGUUGUCUGGACUUUGGAAACGUCUGAUUUUCUCAUGAAUUACCAUGAAAAACUGGUGAAUACGGUGGCGGUACUGCAGGACGGUGACUUUUAUGCUGUUGGCUUCGGGGAUAAUACGGUCGGAGUGUGGGACGCAGACAGCGAAUUGAAAGCGCAAUUUUCGGGGGCUAAACAGUUCAAUCGUCACCGCAAGCAGGUGUUAUCCGUGAAGUUUGCUGAUGACAGCGGGAAGGUUUUGUCAAGUUCGGCAGACGCUACUGCAAAGUUAUGGAACUUUACGAACAUCAAUCAGUUAUCGUCGUCAUGUGAAGUUACCUACGAGGGUCAUGGGGAUCUGGUUAAUUCAAUUUGUUUGAUGCCAAAUAUUGGGUGCGUUAUUCUGGGUUCUCAAGAUGGCAAGGUGAUAUGUUGGAACAAAACCACCGGUCACCCACGAUUGAUGCUACAAGCUCAGGACAAGCCAGUAACCUCGGUUGUGGCUUUUGUAAAACCUGGAAGCUCCAGGGGCAUACUUGUCUCCUCGUCGAAUGAGGACUUUAACGUGCGGGUAUGGGAAGUUUACGCAGAACCCACAUCGGCACCAAUCUCUAAACCUGGGGAUGUUCUCAGAUGUAUGACUGAAGAAUUGGUCAAGCAGGCACUGCUGAACCGGACUGCUCACAGACCGACAAGGCCUAGGGCUGCCGUGAAGCCUGCACAGCCAGCACAGCUGAGCCGGGCUUUCAACAUAUCGUCUCGGUUCAAAAUUGCCAAGACGCCGGUGCAGCCAGCACUGCUGUACUUGAAUGCUUACAUAUCUACACCAAUCAGUUAUGCUGAGAAUUUGGCACGGUUUGAGCGAAUUGACUGGACGUUGUUUCCUAUUCAGGCGGAUCACGUGUUACCAGCUGGAACCAGACCAAAUGUGCAAGCGGGGUUUUGGCUUAAGAAGCUUUGUAAGCGUCGUCUUGGUGUGCAACCUCGAUACCACUUUGAAUACAAGCAGAACCAGAUCAAAGCUACAAUAACACUCAAAGGCCAUGAUUUGCUGACGGCCCUGGCCAGUUCGAAAUGUGACGCCGAACACUUGGCAGCAAUGGCCAUUACCGAAUACCCUGCUGCGAGAGAGACGCUUUUUGAUUAG